AUGACCACAGACGGUGUUAAGGAAGUCCCCACGGACACUGUUCCCGCGAGCGACGACACCAAGAAGACCCCGAAUGUCGCCUCGUCAUCAUCGUCCUCGCUUGCAGUUUCGGAGCACAGGAUAGCCAAAUACGGAUCUGACGGCGCCUUUGAUGCGUCAGAGGACCCCAGAUUCUACAAGCCCAUCCCUGAGUAUGAGAGCGCGCAUCGCUGGGAUCCAUACUUUGAAUGGACAGAAGAAGAGGAGAAGCGACUGAUUAGAAAGAUUGAUAUUCGAGUUUGCACGUUCGCAUGUGUCACUUUCUUCGCACUUCAACUCGACAGAGGCAACAUUGUUCAAGCAAAUUCGGACACCAUGCUUGCGGAUCUCGGCAUGACGACCAACGAUUACAACAACGGGCAAACAAUCUUCCUCCUUACAUUUCUUUUUGCGGAACUUCCGUCACAGUUGCUUUCCAAAAAGAUUGGCCCGGACCGCUGGAUUCCCGUUCAGAUGGUGGCUUGGAGUUUCGUCGCGGCGUUUCAGGCAGUCCUGAAGAAUCGGACGGGAUACUUUGUGUGCAGAGCGCUUUUGGGUCUUCUGGAGGGAGGAUUCAUUGCGGACACCAUCCUGUUCCUGUCCUUUUUCUACAAGUCAAAGGAGCUCCCGCAACGGUUGAGUUACUUCUGGGUCUCAUAUGAGGCCACAUCCAUUGUCGGUGCUUUCCUCGCCUUCGGUUUCCUUCAUAUCCACAAGUCCGACGGUGGUGGCGGGUGGCGCUACCUGUUCGCAUUCGAGGGUCUCAUUACAGGACUGAUCGGUAUCACCGCUGCGUUCUGGAUGCCUGCGUCGCCCACCCAAACCAAGGGUGGCUUACGUGGUAAAGAUGGCUGGUUCAGCGAGCGCGAGGAAAAGAUUCUCGUGAAUCGUGUGCUCCGCGAUGAUCCCAGCAAGGGAAGCAUGCACAACCGUCAAGCAGUCACCCCAAAGAUGUUAUGGCAGGCUUUAUGCGACUACGAUAUGUGGCCCAUCUACCUGGUCGGCCUGACGUGGAUGAUCCCCAAUACACCUGCGACAAACUACAUCACUCUAGAGUUGAAGUCCCUUGGAUUUGGCACCUUUGAGACGAACCUCUUGACCAUUCCCGCCUACGUCAUCUUCAUCAUCAACCUCCUAUUCUGGACAUGGAUCUCGGAGCGCUUCAACCAGCGGUUGCUUCUCGGCGUUGUCAGCGAGCUCUGGUGCUUGAUCUUGCUCAUCGCUCUCGAGGUCCUACCGGACGGGGCCAGCGCAUGGGCGCGGUGGAUCAUCAAUGCUCUGCUGAUUGGAGCCCCUUACGUACACGCAAUCGUUGUGGCUAUGACGUCCCGGAACGCAGGAUCGGUCCGCACGCGUACGGUUGCCAGCGCAGUGUACAACAUGAUGGUUCAAGCAUCUAAUAUUAUUGCCAGUCAAAUCUAUCAAGCGAAGGAUAAGCCUUACUAUCGUGUCGGUAACAAGGUUCUGAUUGCCUUGUCCGUGCUCAGCAUGGCUCUCUUCAUUGGAGCUAAGCUUUACUACAUAUGGCGCAACAAGCGCAACUCUGCCCGUUGGAAUGCUAUGUCUAGUGCGGAGAGGGAAGAAUACCUGGCCGCUAAUCAGCACCUUGGAAACAAGCGGUGA